AUGCCUCCCACCGGCAGGCGCCCGAACGCAGGGCUUGUGCCGAAGAGCACGGGUGAUGACUUCCUGGAUCUAGACGACUUCCUGAGCUUGCGCGACAUCGAGAGAGCGGGGAAGACGCGUCUGUCCGUCGCAGCAGAGGGGUACUACUCGUCGGGAGCCGAUGACGGCGACGCGGCAGCCGACAACCUGGCGUGCUUUCGGCGCAUCCGUCUGGUCCCUCGGAUGCUCCGUGACGUCGGGAACGUCGACGUGUCCACCACCCUCUUCGGCACGCGUCUAGACUGCCCGGUCGUGGUCGCUCCCAUGGCGAUGCAGCGCAUGGCGACGCCGGAGGGCGAGCUGGCAACCGCCAGGGCCAGCGCGGCAGCCGGCGUGCCGAUGUGCCUCUCCACGAUGGCCACGGCGGACUUGCGGGAGGUCUCGGCGUCCGUGCAGGGCAUGGAGGACUCGGCGCUCUGGUUCCAGCUGUACGUGCUGCGGGACAGAGACUUCUGCGCUCAUAUGAUUCGGGAGGCACAGACACUCGGGUACCGGGCUCUGGUGGUCACAGUCGACGCCCCCGUGCUCGGGAACCGCGAGGCGGACCACAGGAACCGCUUCACGCUGCCCGAGGGCCUGCGCCUCAAGAACCUAGAGCGCCUGCAGAGGUACGCCGGCGCCGGCAUCGCGGACACGUCGGAGGGUUCCGGUCUGUCUGCCCUCUUCAAACAGCAAUUAGACCCCUCCCUGACGUGGGAGACGCUGCUGCCCUGGCUGCGCUCCGUGACCACCCUGCCGAUCCUCGUGAAGGGCAUCCUGCACCCCGACGACGCGCGGCUCGCGCUGCGGCACGGCGUCGACGGCAUAAUCGUCAGCAACCACGGGGGCCGCCAGCUGGGGUGCGCCGUGGCCGCAGCGGACGUCCUCCCGGCCAUAGCCCGCGUGGUGCAGCGCCGUGUUCCCGUGCUGGUCGACGGAGGCGUCCGGCGAGGAACGGACGUGCUGAAGUGCCUGGCGAUGGGCGCGGACGCGGUGAUGCUGGGGCGGCCCGUGCUGUGGGGCCUCGCGUGCGGCGGCGAGGCCGGCGCCGCGAAGGUGCUGGCUAUCUUGAGACACGAGCUCCGCACGGCCAUGGCGCUGUGCGGCUGCGCGACGUUAGGCGACAUCACACCAGACCUGUUGCUGCAUGCCGGUGCGCGGCUGUGA